GAGAACGUAAAACAGACUUAACAGAUAUACUGAUUCGCCUUCAAAUUGUUUCUGUGAAUUGAAAAUCAUUUGAAUGAAAAGUGUUGAUCGGAUUUCUGUUUCCUUUGUACAGUACAGUAGUUAACCAAUUAACACUUAGAUGCUCAAUAAUAACGAUUGAAUAUGAUCUAUAAUUUGUAGACAUUGCUUCAACUUUCAGCUUCAAAAUACUUGUAAAAUGUAGAACAACUACUGAAAAUUGAAUCAUCAACCAACUAUUACUUUUAAAUAAUUUUAAUCCAAUGAUAACUUGAUAAAUUAUUUGGAAACAGCCCUGAAACAUACAAGGUUACUGUGACACAUAUACAUAAGACCAAUUAAACCAUUCUAAUAAAUGAUUCAUAAUAAACUGUAACUAUUUUGAGUCGUCUCACUUAACUCAAAUAUCUAAUAUAAACCAUAUUUAUAUUCACUCCCAUCAGUGAUUAUAAAAUUACUUGUACAUAAUCCAUAUACUCCUACUAUCAAUUCGUGUUUUACAAAAACUUAAAUUUUAGUUAUUGACUGAUAAAAAAACUCUUGGCAAUAAAUUACUGAGUACAUAUUUCUCAUUUACAAUUAUUCGCUGUUAAACCCUAACAAAACACAUUGUCCUUGUGAAUUUAAAAGAAAUUUUUAUUUAUUUCAAUGAGAUUGACAAGAUCUUCAAAGCAACUUGAACGUUUUGGAGAUUCUAAGAACACUCCAGUGAAUACACUCUUACGCUUGUCAUGGAUAAUGAUAUUAUUAUUAUUAAAAGUCUUAUAUUCAGAAGCUCGUGGAAAAGUGACCAUUGACGAUGAUACUGGUUACUUUGUUGAUUCAAAUGGAUUUAUUAAACUAUUUCAUGGUAUCAAUUGUGUGCAUAAAGUCACACCAUUUUACAUUCCAAAAUUACUUGACCCUCAUACAUUCAAAGUACUUCGAGAUUGGGGAAUCAAUGUUAUACGCUUAGGAUUUAGCUGGAUAGCAUUAAAACCACAUGAAAAUGAGACCAAUCUAGAGUAUAUAGAUACUAUUGAAAAGAUUAUCGACAAUGCUGGAUUAUAUGGAGUUUAUAUUAUCAUUGACUUGCAUCAAGAUGGAUUAUCGAAACGUCUCGGUGCAAUUGAUGCUGUGCCUUAUUGGUUUAUGGAUAAAAUAAAGCGACCACCCUAUUUAUUCCAAUACCCUUGGCCAUUAAAGAAAUAUCCUAAUGAAAGUGCCUGGUUUUUAACCUACGCCACAUAUGAGAGUGCACAUGCAUUUGAAAGUAUAUAUAAAAAUGUUUCAGGAUUAUGGAAUUAUUUUGCAGAAUAUUGGAGGAUAACAACUGAUCGUUUCGGGAAGAAAUAUAACGUUUUAGGCUAUGAAUUGAUAAAUGAACCACCACCUGGAAAUUUUUAUUUAAAUCCAUUUCUUCUUCUGCCUAAUAUUGCAGGUCAAAAUCUUUUAUUGUUUUAUGAUUACUUGGUGAAUGUUAUUCGUCAAACAGACAAGGAUACAUUGAUAUUUUACGAGAGUGUAACUUAUGGAAUAUAUUUUCCAUUUGUCAAUGGAAUACCUGGUACUGGCAUGCAACGUGUUCCUGGUCUAUUACAAGAUAAGAUGGCCAGAAAGAAGAGUGUAUUAUCUUAUCAUUACUACUGUUGGCUAUUGGAAUCGACACCAGCUACAGAGCAUAUGCCAUCAUGGAAACAAUAUUUGUGUGAUCAGCUUCUCUUAAAUUAUACAUUCAAAAAUGUGAGAAGUAUAGUUCAGUCCACUGGUGGCGGACGAUUUUUAACAGAAUUCGGUCUGUGUCUUCCUGAUGGUAAUCCAGAAUCAAUAAAUACGGUUGAAUGUAAUGCUGUGCUGAAUGCAGCAGACAGGAACUUCGAAUCAUGGACGUACUGGGACGGAUAUGAAUUAUUUUCCAACUUAAAUGUAGAGAACAUUUCCUUGAAAUCGUUCAGUCGUACAUAUCCACAAUCAACUGCCGGUCAACCUGUCCAACUGAGAUUCGAUGUAGAUUCAGGUGUGUUUUAUUAUGCUUUUGUACCAACACAGAAGAAUUGUACAAAUGUGAACUCAACAUUGUUAGUUGCAGAAAUUUUUGUUCCAAUGUCGAUUCAUUAUCCACAUGGAGUGAAGACUCGUUUCAUCCCAGAACAAUUAUAUUAUAAAGUGUAUGAAAAUAAUACUAAUUUAAUAUUUGUGUAUAUGCCAUGUACUUUGAUCAAGACAAAUAUUGAACUUAUAGAAAUAACGAUCAUACCAAAUCAAAAUUAAGUUAAACAUUCAAACAGUAAUAAUGAUACUCGUCUAUUAGUUUAUUUGAAAUCUGUAUCCAUUUUGUUGAUUGUGAAUUCGUUGUUAUUUUUGCAUCUUUUAACUUAUUUUGGAUAAACUAAAGAAAGUCAACUUGAUGGAAUGCUUGAAA